UCAAUGUAUAAUCGAUUUCCAUCAUAAAAAGACUUCAAAAGCCGUACUCAAAAAUCGUUGAACAGCAUAUUAUUUUAAUUUUUGUUCCGAAAAAAUUCCAGGAUACUUCUGAUAUCAAAAUUUAAUUGCUUUUAUUGUAAUAUCGAUUUCAUAUUGAAAUCUCGAAAUAUUUGGGGAAAUUUUUCUUGGUAUUACAGUGUUUACAUUGUACUUAUUCAAUUGAUAGUCUGAUCAUUCAGCCAUGAAAAAUCUCCAUAUUUAAUUGACUAAAAUUGAAUAUAACUGCCCUCUGACAACAAUCGAAUAUCAUGUGAGUCAACGAGGAUAAACUGCAUAUUUAAAAGAAGUGAAAGUCGCGAUAUUUUCACGCCUCGGACUUUUGCCCGGACAACGACGAUGUAUCUUCGAAGAUAUUUCGACCCAUUCGACCUUGCGGGGCGCCGAUGGACCUCAUUGAUUUUUCUCCCAAAGUUAUUUUUGUAUACGCGUGAGUACGCAAUCGAAUGCCAUAGUACUGGAGUGGGAUUAAAAAGAAACAAAAGUUCUGACGUUUGCUAUUUAUUCUCUCAUCGAAUAAUCAUAUCUUGAUCAUAUAUAUAUAUAUAUAUGUAUAUUGUACAAUGCAUUAUUCACACGUUUAUUUCAAACUUACAUUGAUUGUGACUUCAAGUGAAAGUUGAGGUAGAACGUGACAAAGUCCACGGGACUCUUAACGAUUUAUAGAUUCCUUUACAAGAUUGACACUUUGAUUUAACUAAAAUUCUCUACGAUAACGAUCAACAACAUGAACUGACAUUCAGUUUGCUCGGAAAACAUCAAGUUAUGCGCUCUUAAUUAAUGCAGCACUCAACUUACUUUAUUUUUAUUAACUCUAUUAUCAUUUAACUAUAUUCUAAAACAAUAGAAUUUCCUGCAAUGGCCAAUGGCUUAUGUAAAGCAACUUAUUGAAGAAAUUCAUUUCUAAAUUACUAGUGACUUGCAUAAUCAAAUUAAUAAUUUAGAUAAAGGUUUUGUUAGAUAAUUUCAAAUUGGGCAUACAAAAAAUAAUGAAAUAAUAUUCCUGAUCUUUUUCAGAUCUAUUUAACCAGUUUAGAAUAAAUUGAUUCAAACUAUUUGGAGUUCAAUAUAAGCUGAGAUUCAUUUUGUGAAACAAGAUAUAAUGAUAAAUUAUCAACCUGAACCAAAUGAUCAUUUAAGUCACGUUAGAAAAUGAGAAGGAAAGAGGAUGUAUAUUACUUGUUAUAUAACUUUCUCCAAGUCAUGGUGUUAAUUCUUAUUUGGAACUUAAAGAUCUUAAAGAAGGAUUUAAAGAUAUAGCAGUGAUUUAAUCACAAGUAAAUCUUGGUGCACAAUAAUAUUCGUUGAUUUUACUUCCUUGAAUUAUGUAUAGAAUAUUCUUUCAAUUAAACCAGCAUUGGCCUAUUUUUAUCAUCAUUACAACUUGUUUAUGGAUUAGUCUAAAAUGAAAUAUUUUUCUUAAUGAAUAUUCUAUGAGUUUAUUUAAAAAAACGACAAGCAGAUUUAUAUUGUAGCCUGGACCAAGUAAGCUCAUUUCAGACGCCCACAGGCUUAAGUAUGGCAAUGAAUUUAAUGAUGACGAAUUAAUCCGUAAUAACAGUAAUGCAAAAAAGUAUUUUAAUGACAGUCUAUGCAAUCUCAGAGAUGAAAAAUGAGAGUGUCAAAUGACACUUGUGAUUAUCACCAGUUUAUCGAAUGAAAAAUUACUUAAUCGAUCAAUCUGGUGUGUUAUUACUUUAGUGUUACCCUAGAUAUGGUGGAGUAACUAUAUGAUCACGUAAUUCAAUGCAAUCGACCUUGAUCACGAACGCGAAAACGUCAGUAAUACCCCUCACUAUUACGUCUCGGUCAGAGUUUCUUUGCAGAUUUGGACUUUCGAGAGUGUAUAACCAGGUGACUACUGUAACGAGUUUUCGCCUGGAUAUCUCAAGUUACUGGUGACCAUGCAGACGGCCUUUGCCAAAUACUCUCGCGCCCAUCGGCAUUCCUCAGCUAUACACACCGUAAUAACGUAAACAUCACCAGUAUAAGUUAACGUGAAAGUACGCAUACCUAACGGCUGGAUCCCGAUUAAAUUUAUUGUAUAUAUUAAUGCUGUACACAUGUGGUUCUCUUGAUGUAUCCUCACAUGGUCAUCAUUGUUUUAUGUUCAUGCAUGGUGAAAAUAUUAUCGUGGAAUUCAUCACCAAGGCAAAUGGAGUUUAUAGACUUUCUUUUGAAUGUCAAAAGCAGAUUGGAAAAAUAAUUUAAUGGUUUAUGAGGUAAUUAUUUUGAAAUGGAGGAAAUUAAUGUUUUAAGAUUAAUUAAACUGUCUAUGAUACCAAAAAUAUAUGUCCGGAACGAAAAUAUCCCAAGAUCAUUGUUCAAAAGCGAAUAAUUUUACACCAGUUACACCAUAAUUAAUUUCAUUUCAUUCAAUUAUCUCUGAACUUCAGGGUCAUUAUUGUGUUUUAUUGUUUCUCAUAGAAAUAAUUUUCUUCAUAUUGCGGCACAAUAAGUAUUCUCAUGAAUUGUUAAAACAGGAAGCUAUAUUUAUUGUAUUCAUCUAAUAAAAUUUCCUCAGGAUUUAAAAAAAUUCUGCUUUCAUAAUGUUGUCAAGAAAAUUUAUUACCUCAUUUUCAUCAUAAACAGUGAUUUAGACUGAUUGAAAAAUGGAUAAUAAAAUAAUCCUCCUUGUGGUGUUAUUAGAUCACUCUUUAAAGUUCUUCAAAGAAGAGUUGUAAGUAAUACAACAUCUGCAUAAGACAGCGAGAUAAAAAAAGAGUGGAUCAAGGAAACACGACGAAUACGAGGAAGUUCCGACACACAUGAGACAAAAGAAACUAAGCCUGUCGAUAAUGAUAGGCUGCAUGUUGUUGAUGACAGUCUACUUCAGGCAAUAGUUGGCAGCAAAAGAAUGCCGUGGUGGAUUUUGGCACAUGAUGAGAAUACAUUUUAUUUAUGUAAAUGGUUUAUAGUGUUACUUCAUAAAGUACAAAAACCAUCGUGGUGUAUGGAGGAAUGCCCCGGUGUAACAAGACAGCGCAGAUCGCUAGCCAGUCCGCCAAUAGUGGAAACGGCUUAGCGCCACAGCAUCAUCGAGACUAUCACCGCUAUGAUGUUGAGUGGUCAGAGCAGGAGGCAAUAGAUGCGGAAGUGUCCCAAUUGGUAAGCGGAGGCGCGGCUGCCCUUCGUAAUCCGAAGAGAUGGCGCAAUUCUACGAGUUCCGGGUAUUCAAGUCACUCGCCGCCACUCUCUGCUGGGUCCUACUCUACGUGCUGCGCGUCAGUCCUCCGAAAUUCUGCGGCGGGAACACUUGGUACCGAGGCAGCUCUUGGACUAGCUGUAAUUCACGAAGCCGAGGCAAUACCUCGACCUAUUUGGCCUUGCACAUCCGUUGAUCCGCGAGAUUUACACUUGGUUGGUUGCGAGGCUCUUGACUGCGAGGGCUUAUCUGCCAGUUGCAGUUACGAACGCGCUUACACGUACGCGAGUCGCUGUCGCAAUGCUUGGCGAGACUGCCAGUCUUCUGCCCCCACGGCUCAAGACGUCCUCUUCGAGCUCUCGCGGACCCUCAACUCCGUCAUUGACGGUGAGAGCGGCAUGACGCCUGAAGAGAUUCUUCGUGACAUUUCUCGAACUGUGCAAAAGGGUAUUGAAGCAAACAAUGGUACUGCAUCAACUGGUAUAUCUGAAGAACACAUCUAUCGGCUCUCUUCUUCAUCAUCAAGUGCAAUAGGAAAAGACUCGGUGGCUGUUAAUCCAGUUAAUCUUAAAUUGUACGGCAAAUCUGGAUACUCCAACGUUCCUGCAACAUUUUUUAGACCAACAUACCAGUGUCUUCAUGAAGGGAAAACUCUUCUUGUUCAUUCUUUAUCCAAGGUUGAUGAGGAUCAGCGCCCUAAGAAAGAUCAAUGCCACCAGCGCAUUCCUGCUGUAUUUCUUGUACCUCGUUGUAAUGCUGUUCAUUCGUCGACUCUUUUCAAUUGUGGUAUUAAAAGUGUUAAGAAUACUAAUGAUAAAGAUGGUGGUGUUGGUAGACUGAUUGAAAAUCAUAAUCAUUUUGAGGAUAAAAAUAAACGUACUAUUAGACUUGAGAGUGCACCUACCAAAACUUGUUAUACUUCUGGAGAACCUGUUUACUCGACGCAGCUAGAUCCCAGUGAUGAGAGUUCUUCUUACGGAGCAGUUGGAGAAUCAUCUGAAAAAGUUAACUGGAAUCAAGGCAUUACAGUCUUCAAUAAAAGUCUAGAUUUCACAUUAGAUGGUACUCGAGCUGAAAUACUAGGUCGCAUAAUUGCUCGAGCCAAACGUAGACGUCAAUGGUGUCGUGCUCUGACUACUAUCCUAGGCCUAGUCUUCUUUAUUUUAAGUGUUGUCAUUGUUUCCAUGUCCAUUACUCGAGGACGAAAAAUAUUUGGAAGUAUGUAAACUUGAUCUAUUAAAAGAUCUAAGAGAUAUUACAUAGUUUAUCAUUUUAAAAACCAGUUUAAUUUGACUCAUAAAUUAUAAAAUUACACAAUAGUGUUAUGGUGAAGAAAAAAACCAACUAUCACUAUUUUUGUGAAAGAUAUUAAAUUAUAAAUGUAUCUCUAUAAUGAGUAGAUAAGUAAAUAGAUAAUUAUUAUUAAUUAGAUAAUAUAAAUUUAUUUUUUUUUCUGCAGAAGACAGUUUUUCUAAACUGAUACUUCAGCCAUAUGUAUUUCAUGGUACCUUAUAUUAUAAAAUAAGAUGUGCAAGAUUAAAACACAGUAAAAAAAUUUGUCUCAACAUACAUAAAAAAAUACACUAUAUAUUAAUUUUAUUAGAUGACUAUUGAUAUUAAAAUUACAAUAAAAACUGUCAUCAUUCGAUGAUUACUCUAAUGAAAGUUCAAAGAAAUGGCUGCCUAUUGGCAUACAAAUCGAUUUAUAAUGAAAAAUCGUUCCUGAUAAUAAUCUUUUUUUUUUUCUAUUAAGAACUCGACAUAAUUUUAAUACAUUAAUGUACUGAUUGAAUGUAAGCUAAAGUUGACGUAAUAUUUUUCAUUGUGUGCCUCAAUGUUGGUAAAUUUGUAUUAGCAUUGUUACUUAAACGUUACUUGAAUAAGAAAGCAAUAUAAUCAAUCGAUUAUCAUUCUUGGGAUAACUCUAUUUAGAAUAAUAUUAAAAUCUAACGUUUGAAAAAUUUCUAGGUAAAAAAAAUAGAUAAAUACCUAGCUCAUUGACCAUUAAUAUUGGUAGGUCUUAUUUUAUACUUUAGAACUAAUUAAAAUGUAUUUCAAUUCAGGGUUAUCUCAAAAUAAUAAUGAAAAUAACACAAGUUUUUUUGCUGUGUUGGUAAUCAUUGCUAAGCAAUAUAAUGGCUGUGACCAUGUCGUUUGCAUUUCUAUGUAAUGUAUUUCAACUCCAACUUAUUAA